AUGGUAGACGUCAAAGCCAGCAACGGACAUGCCGAGAGUCUUCUUGCAGAUUUCCUUGGACGAGAGAACAGCCGCCUGUUCUUGCAUGAGCUCCAGUCUUGGCUCCGAAGCCCCUACAAAAAGCUAGAGCAGUGGGAUGAGGAAGUGCAGUACAACAAGCCAUUUGAGUAA